AAAACAGCCUCAAUCGGACGCGGAAGUGACGCUGCGGUAGAAUCCCCCGUACUUCCGAUAUUCAGCUCUGAUACGACUCAUCGAACGGAUCGAAGCUCAGUAGCGAUUUCUCCUUUCAGCUAGCGUCGAGUGGCGGUUCGGCAGUAUUAUUUCUCCCUCUCAGCUCAUCCCUCGCUGCAGUUCCUCAUGAAUGACGGGGAGUGUGAUUUCUUCUGCUUUUUUCGGUGCUGCUAAAAGCCACAAGAGCCCACUGGGAUACGUGUUCCAGUCUGGGGUGGAGGGCAGCAGCUCAGAAGCUGCGGAUUGGUGGAGAGCAGCUGUCAGUCAGAGAAAGGGUGCGCCCAGAGGGCUAUGUCUGUGGACAUGAGUAGCCAAGCCUCAGACAGUAACGAGGAAUUUGAUGAUGAAGAUGGAGUAGAGGGUGACAUCGAUCAUUAUUAUGAAGGACUUGACGACGACGUAGCAAUAGAAGAGCCAUUUGACCCAGAAGAAUACCAUUUCAAUUGUUUGACAUACAAAGAGAGCCAGAGGGUACUUACUGAGGAAGUCCACAGUAUAGCCAGUGCCCUGAAGGUAUCACCAGCUGUAGCCAAACUGGUCCUUGUACAGUUUCAAUGGCAGGUGUCACAAAUACUCGAAAGGUGUAAGUCCAAUUCUUCUCAGUUGCUUUGUGAAGCACAUGCCCACACCCAGCCCACAAGCACCUGCAGAUCUCUCCCCACUGGGGUGUCACUGCAGUGUGGGGUGUGUCUGCAGCUGGUUCGGAGAGAUACUUUACUCUCUCUACCAUGUCAGCACUCCUUUUGCAAGGCAUGCUGGGAGCAGCACUGCACUGUACUUGUCAAAGAUGGCGUGGGAGUAGAGAUCUCCUGCAUGGCGCAGGACUGCUCUCUUCGAAUGCCAGAUGAUUUUGUUCUUCCUCUGCUGCCCAGCGAAGAACUGAAGGACAAAUACAGACGCUACCUCUUCAGGGACUACGUGGAGAGUCAUUUCCAGUUGCAGCUGUGUCCUGGUGCAGACUGUCCAAUAGUUAUACAGGUGCAGAAACCUCGAGCUCGUAGAGUCCAGUGCAGCUGCUGCGGGGAGGUUUUCUGUUUUAAAUGCAGACAGAUGUACCAUGCCCCCACAGACUGUGCUACCAUUCGCAAAUGGCUGACAAAAUGUGCAGAUGACUCUGAGACAGCCAACUACAUCAGUGCACACACUAAGGACUGCCCUAAGUGCAAUAUCUGCAUUGAGAAGAAUGGAGGAUGCAACCACAUGCAAUGCUCCAAGUGUAAACAUGAUUUCUGCUGGAUGUGUCUGGGUGAUUGGAAGACUCAUGGCAGUGAGUACUACGAAUGCAGCCGCUACAAAGAGAAUCCAGACAUCGUGAAUCAAAGCCAACAGGCCCAGGCCAGGGAGGCUCUCAAAAAGUACCUGUUCUACUUUGAGAGGUGGGAGAACCACAAUAAGAGCUUGCAACUUGAAGCACAGACAUACCAGCGGAUCCAGGAGAAGAUUCAGGAGAGAGUGAUGAAUAAUCUGGGCACCUGGAUUGACUGGCAGUACCUGCAAAAUGCUGCCAAGCUACUGGCCAAGUGUCGUUACACACUGCAGUACACCUAUCCUUAUGCCUACUACAUGGAGUCUGGACCCCGCAAAAAACUGUUUGAGUAUCAGCAGGCACAGCUGGAGGCAGAGAUUGAGAACCUGUCAUGGAAAGUGGAGAGAGCAGACAGUUAUGAGAGAGGAGAGCCAAGCGCCAACGAUAGAGGGGAUCUGGAGAAUCAGAUGCACAUUGCUGAGCAGAAGAGACGCACACUGCUGAAGGACUUCCAUGACACCUAAACAGCCGUCCAUCAACAAGUCCACAUUGAGUUCUGUCUUCUCUCAACUGUCUUGCCCCACAAAGAACCCCUCCACUCUUUUUGUCAACACUCUACACUGCAUCUAAAGACAUUGUCUUUCUAUUUCUCUCAUUCAUGGCCUGUCUUUCAAAGCUGUAUUUUCCCCCUUUGGUCAUUCUUUCCUUCAUCAAUGCUCCCGUUUUUUGCUUUCUAAUCUUUACUUGGCUCCAGGGUUUGAGAAUAGUACAAUUGUAUGCCAACAUACUCAUAUAUACACACACGUUGUAUUCUCACAUCCCCAUGCCAGCUGACAUUACACGCACACACUCAAAACACUCCACCAAACACAGUCUGACUCUUUCUCUCCAUCUUUGCUCCAGCCAUAACUUCUGCCUUCUUUUUUUCUCACUCUUGCUCUCCUAUGUUUUUCCCCCCUGGAAAUGGCUGUUGAUAGUUAUCAUUUGAAAAAACACUGAAAAAAAAAAAAUAUGAAAAAAAAAAAAAAAAUGCUGUAAUUUUCAACGGUUGUACAUUAAUACAGAAAUAGCUACUGAGAAAAAGUUUUUAAAGCAGA